CUCAAGCAUCCAUCCUUGUACUUCUUUUUCUUGGCUCACAAAAGUUGAAAGCUACAAACUAGCUGUCUCUAUUAUGCUUCCUUUCUCAACCAACACAUUUCAAACAAACCCUAAAAAUGGAAAAAAAUAAUAAUAAAUAAGAAAAUACUAAAAAAAUUGUAGUGAACUUUGAAAACCCAACAAAUCUAGCUCUUUUUAGCCCUCAUUGAAGCUUACCCAGGUUCUCUAUUCUUCUCUCUCAAUAUUCUAUCCCUCAACUGCAAUACAUUAUCCAUUAUCUUUCUGUGUACAGACCUCCAGUUGCAUUUUGCUAGCAGGUACAGUACUGGGUGAUCCUCCUUAACCUACCCCCCCCACCCCAGCUUUUACUAGCCACUUUAUUGGUUUUGUAUUGCAAUCCUUGUCAGGGAAUGAGUGGCUGGAAAGAGCAAACCAUUCUUCUUUCUUUUGCUGUAAUUGUCUGGUGACUCAAUUCCAUAGUGAAAAGAGAAGCUUUAAAAGAUCGGGAUUGAUAAGGUGUGUGGAAAAAGCAGAAGAAAUCUAGAAGUGAAGAGUUUGUAUGGACUGGCACUUGAAAGCACCUUCUUGGGAUUUGACAGAAUUAGAACAAGAAGCCUUUCCCAACAUAGAAACAGUUGGUGGGUCAAGUAGCCUUAGAGAUCUUAGGACCAAUAAAGGGGAUUUUUCAGUUGAUUUGAAGCUUGGUCAGUUGGGUAAUUCAGGCCCUGAAUCUGUGAAUAAAUGGAAGGAUCCUGGAGUCUCAAAAAUGGCAUCAUCGCCUUCUGGGUCAUCAAAGAGGGCCAGAGCAGCCAAUAAUGGAACUCAGCCAGUUUCAUGCCUAGUUGAUGGGUGCACUUCAGACCUUAGUAAUUGUAGGGACUACCAUAAGCGUCACAAGGUCUGCGAGCUCCAUUCGAAGACUCCACAAGUAACCAUUUGCGGCCAGAAGCAACGGUUCUGCCAGCAGUGCAGCAGGUUCCAUUCGCUGGACGAAUUUGAUGAAGGAAAGAGAAGCUGCAGAAAACGUCUUGAUGGACACAAUCGAAGGCGAAGGAAGCCUCAGCCAGAACCCCUCUCUCGAUCUGGGAACUUUUUGUCCAAUUACCAAGGUACCCAAUUGAUGCCAUUCUCUAGUUCACACGUCUAUCCCUCCACCACUGUGGUGAACGCGGCCUGGGCUGGCGUUCUCAAUUCUGCAGCAGAUGCUAGGCUUCAUAACCAGCAGCAACAAUUACAAUUAAUGGAUGAACAGAAACUGUUUCUCCGAUCCUCCCCGAGCACGAGCAGCUUUAUUGGAGGGAAGCAACUCUCAUUCUUGCAAGGCGGCAGCACCGCACUCAACAACCAAUCAUCCCUUGAAGCUCCUGUCUGCCGGCCACUUCUAAGGACCAUUGCUUUGACAGAAAGUGGCGGGGCUAGGACUAAAAUGUAUUGUGACAGGUUAACAAGUCGAGUCCAGGACUCGGAUUGUGCUCUCUCUCUUCUGUCAUCACCUCAGUCACAGACAUCCAGGCUCGAUUUUACCCACAUAGCUCAUCCUAAUUCACUCUCCCUGGUGCAGCCAUUAGGUCCAAGCCUACAUGGUAACAGCUUAGAGCCAAUGGAUUCAGUUCUGGUUUCCAGUGGCAGUGACAGCAACGUCCAUUGCCAGGCGAUGUUUCACAUGGGGUCUGAUGGAUCACAGGCAAACGGAACCCCUCAAACACUUCCCUUUCAUUGGGAGUAAAGAGAUAAUACUUGAGUUUUACCUUGUUGAGCAAUGAUUCUGGAUUCUCUUGUUGACCAUCUGUUGGAAUUCUUUUCUUUCUAAAGCUAAGAUGUUUGUUUAUUAAAUUUCUCUCUUUCAUUUACGUUAGUAUACAAUCCUCUUGUUUCCGACAGUUUCCGCCCUGUGAUGUUAUAAUGAUUUUAAGG